AUGAAAUUACAGUUGUUGAAAGCCAGUAUCGACGAAAAAUUUGUACUUGAAAUAAAUGAAUCUAUCUGCCUGGAUGUAGAUGAGCGAGACGGUGCAUUCGUUGCGGUACCACUCUUUCGAGUGAACACGGCGCCUAUUGGCCCUCAUCCAGUUGGGUCGUACGAGAUCUGGGUCCCUCAGGAAACAUUCUCAGCCGUCUUUUCAUAUUUAUGCAUGAAUCGAGGUAAUCUUAGUAUUCUUGUCCAUCCAUUGACCAGAGAGCAGUCAGCUGAGGACCACGACACCCGUGUAGCAUGGAUUGGACCCUCUUACCCCCUUGAUUUGACUGCUUUGCCUUUGAGAAGCGAAGAGAUACCGCUCCAAUACCCCUCACUAAGACUUGGCUAUUCUGCGAAGCCCCAGCUGACACUCGAAAUGCGCAUGAAACUUGGCGCUAACGUCGAGCAUCUUUUGGCGUCCGAGAAGGAAGCCGCACGCGCUCCUCCAAGAGUAUGA